CCCUCAACACUCUUCUGUGCUCCGGGGAGUGAAUAUGCUCCUUCGGAACCGCCAGAACACCGCGAAACCCCCAAACAAGAUCUUAAAGAAGCGCAGAACCGCCAUCCUCCCCCACGAAGAUGUCCCCACCUCGCCCCUGCCAAACUUUUUCACCCGCCUCCCACCCGAGAUCGGUGCCAUGAUAUACGACCAUAUCAAGCUCUCAGCAUCGAAAUCCGACAUCAUCAGUCUCUGUUGUACGAGCGAGACGACGUAUCUCACUUUCGUCUCGUUUCUGUACGAAUCUGUCAGGCUGAGUGAUCGUAAUGUGCGAGCGUUCUUUGGGGAUCUCUGUAAUGAUCAACCGGUAUCCAUUCUGUGCCCGCGGCCGGGGAUGGAUGCAGAGGUACUUCAGCGAUGCUUGCCUCUCGUCUCAUCGAGGCUACUGCGGAAGUUUAUCAAUUUCAACCCCUACAUCCAAUUCGUCACUCUAGGCUAUCAAAGCCCUUCCUCCGAACUACUCGCGAGCACCUCUAGCCUCUUCAAGAAGAUCCUCCUCUGCCGCUUUAUCAAAACCAUCAUCAUCGAAGACCUCACCGCCUGCCACUUCUUCCGCCACUUUUCCGACCUCGUCUACAAUCGCUUUCGCCGCUUCCCCUUUUACGAACCCGAAGAGAGCGUCUACCCCGCCAUCGAGUUCGGCUUCGAGCACGUCGAAUGGCUGGUAUUCAGCAAGAGCUUUACGGAGGAUGUGGAGAAGCAGUGGAACGAUGGAGGAGCAGCGAUGCGGACAGAGAGAUGGUAUUGGGCAGAAGUGACGGUGCGGCAUGUGGCGCCUCGGCGCGUUUGCGCUUGGGCGUUCGCGGACGAUAGGGCGCAUAUGGUCUCGGAGCUCGGGGUGGGGUGGACGAGCAACAGACCGCAGCUGAAGCAGUUUGUGCUCCACAAUGCGCAUUUUUGUACCCAGCUUUUGCCAUUGCCGGCGGAGCAUAUCGAGUAUUAUCUGCAGCCGGAGAAGGCGGGGUGUUCGCAUGUGCAGUCGAUAUCGAAUGGUCUGCCUUAUAUGUUUGCUGUACCUGGUACCGACCGACAUCAUGAUAUUCACAGCAUACGAUGUCUCGAGAUCCACAACGCCAGUAUCACCCAACAUCAAGUCGUCGACAUCCUCGAGAAAUCUCACGAUUCAGCAUCCAAAGCUUGGAAUCAGUGGAAAGGGACGCUAGUGGUCGAUGGGAAGGGAUCACCGGCGAAGAGCUGUGAUGGAUGUGAGUUAGAGGCGCGAAGGUAUUGUUUCGAGUGAUCUUCAGGGACAUGUCUAUCAUCCGAAAACAUAUGUCUGGACUCUUUUGUUCAUAUCUGUGGCCGUAUCUGGCAUUGUGCAUAUCAACAAACACGUCCGCCAAGGGCACGACGACCACCGAGGAUGCGCAGAGCAGUCAGCGCCUAGUGGCGACGACGUACUUUUUGCCUUCUGGCUUGCAAAGCCUCAAUUUCUAACGAAUGAAUCAUCUAGUAUGUAUCCCCCCACUUGACCCAGAGUUUGUUGGGAAUGACGUUGCUGACGUUUCUUCCACGCGCAGAUAGUGUAGCAUAGUGAUGUUUUCGGAAGCCCGAGUUGAACACAUACGCGACGAGUGACGACCUACUUUACGCCCCUUUUUCAAUGCAAUUCAUUUAUGUCUCGUUCAAUUACCCCACUCUCCUGACUAGCGUGUACUCAUGCGCUACGAUGCUGGUAAUGGAAGUUUACAGUUGACUGUGGAGGCGAAUGCACAGUGCAAG